AUGAUUGCGGUGGGAAAACAGCGUGAGGAGAAUGUUUCCGAGCCGAUCCUGGCCAGCUUGCUGGCCACCGAUCGGAUUCCAUGGUACAAGAAGCCAAAUUUGAGACGGUUGUACUUUAUUUUGUUUCCGGCUUGCAUGGGGAUCGAAAUCACGUCGGGGUUUGACUCGCAAUUGAUCAAUACCAUCCAGAUCGUGUAUAGCUGGAAAAAAUACUUCGGCCACCUAACUGGCGAUAUCGUGGACGGGCAAGCUGAGUAUCAGAUCGAGGAAAAUCUCCUGGGCUUCCUAGGCGCUUCAUAUUCUCUAGGAGCAAUUCUCUCUCUGCCGUUCGUGCCCUGGUUGAAUCAGCGCCUUGGACGACGAUGGACCAUCAUGUUUGGUUCUUGCGUGAGUUUGGUUGGUGCUCUACUUCAGGGGCUCUCCAACGGCAUCGGCAUGUACGUCGUUGCGCGUAUCAUUUUGGGCUUUGGCAUCCCCUUCUGCAUCGUUGCAGGUUCCUCCCUAAUCGGAGAGCUGGGAUAUCCUAAGGAGAGACCCAUCCUCACAUCGCUAUUCAACUCGUCUUACUUCAUCGGCCAGAUUGUCGCCGCUUCCGUAGGACUGGGCACCGUGAAAAUUGCGUCCGACUGGGCUUGGAGAAUCCCGUCCCUGUUGCAAAUUGCGCCUGCAAUGAUUCAGAUCGUGAUGGUCAUGUUCCUCCCCGAAAGCCCCAGAUACCUAAUCAGUAAGGACCGCUACGACGAUGCCUUUGACAUCCUCACGACGUACCACGCAGAAGGAGAUCGCAACUCAGUCAUCGUGAAAGCCGAAAUGGCACAGAUCGAGCACACAAUCAAGAUCGAACUGGAAGAGGCUAAGCAGACAUGGUGGGAUAUGUUCCGCACGGCCGGUAUGCGGCGUCGACUUUUCAUCACUGCCUUCCUCGGCCUGUUCACGCAGUGGUCUGGCAACACUCUAAUCUCGUACUAUUUGAGUGACCUACUCGACCUGAUCGGCAUCACCGACAGCGUCGUCAAAUCCAAAAUCAACAUCGGUAUUGCCUGCUGGGCUUUCGUCUCCGGCACAGCACUAGCGUUGACGGUUCCGCGAUUCAGACGUCGACCGAUGUAUCUCACCUGUGCCUGUUGUAUGCUCUGCGUCUACGUCGGAUGGACAAUCUCCAUGGAGCGGUUUAUGACGACCCAAGCACGCGCCGCUGCCAUCUCCACCGUGUUCUUCAUUUUUUGCUAUUCCCCUGCAUACAACUUGGGCUACAAUGCUCUUACCUAUACCUACCUGAUCGAACUAUUCCCUUACUUCGGUCGCUCGCGCGGUAUCUCCUGGUUCCAAUUUUACGGCCGGGGUGCAUCGUUCUUUGCAACAUACGUAAAUCCCGUUGGUCUUGCACGGAUCAAGUGGCGCUGGCUUCUAGUGUACUGCUGCUGGUUGGCGUUUGAACUUGUUUUUAUCUUUUUCUUCUUCCCUGAGACCGGGGGCGGGCGGACUUUGGAGGAGUUGUCUUUCUUGUUCGAGGACAACACAAAGGCAAAUAAGGUUUCUAAUGCUGUUCAUGAGCAAAUCGAUGAUGAAGGUGAGGCGAAGCAGAGUAUAGCGCAUGUGGAGGUCCAGGAGACUAAGAGUAGUGUUUGA